AUGGGUCGUACACUCUCAAAAGUCAUUGUCAUACCUAAAUCCUUCGAUAUGCCGUUUCUCCACUACAUCAAGAACGCUUUCCGUCACCUUGGCCACCAUCUCGGCUGUACGCCGCAGGUCGAAACCACCACCGUCGACUCGGCGGAGCCUCCCGUUCCUGAACGUCAUGUUGAGGGCGAUAAUGAUCCUCCGCGCUCCACCUUGAUGUCGGGCAGCGGCUGCUUCGAGCACGUGGACUGCGAGAAUCGACCUUGUCGAGGACAUGCACCGGAGAAGGAUCUCUCAACGACCUUCGCCGCUGGGAUGCCGGUGGCUCUUCACACCACCCCUGGACGUCAUCACCGUACCGCAGUGCUCGCCGCUGAGAAUUCAUCACAAGGGUCUCGCCUUUGGGCUUCUAUGUACCAUUCAUAUGGGUAUCCCGGCUUUUGCCAAAAGAGCCCCCAGCACCGAGUCCGCGGGUCAACGCACCGCUGGGGUCUAGUAACUCUCAACAACGGGGUGAAGCUAAGACGGGCUCAAACAUCAGGUGUGCUAUGA